AUGCGAAUACAAUCAAGCGGAGUUUCACUCCUCCUCUCCGCCCUCCUACCGAGUCUGGCAUCCGCGUCCGGAUUCGACUGCGCGCACAUCAAGCUCGACAAUUACAAAUACGAUCUCAGUCCCCUAAAAGGCGUUCACGAGGUGACCCACACCGUGACGACGGAUGACUUCGUGACGAAUACAACCUAUCGAUUGAAUAUCUGCAAUAUCCUCGGCGGCGCUGCUCGGUACGGCGAUGCGACGUGCGGCACUAGCAAAAACGUUUGCGGAUUCGUGCAUCGAGUAGCAAAGGACGGAAAUGGCGGCUCUACAUUCGGUUUCCCGAUCGUUGGGCUCGACCCCGUUGGCCAGGGCUCGAAGAACCCAGAACUGAAGCGAUUGAAGGAUCUCGACCCGGAAACGGAGGGAUUACGCGUUAAAUUGGAAGGCGGCUCAUACAAGGGAGAUGGCAAUGACCAGAAUGCCAAGAAGGCAGGCGCUAUCAUUGACUUCCAGUGCGACCACGACCGAUCUGGACUGGAGGGCCUGAAUACACUUGGAGAUGACGUCGAGACGAAGGAGCGACGACGGAGAGCGGAUGGCGAGGAAGGUGGCGAUGUGCCCUCGGGCAACAGCAGCAGUAGUCUGCAGUUCAAGAGCUUUGGUCCGUCGGAUGAUGAUACUUAUAUCCUGAGAUUGGAUUGGCGCACAAAGUAUGCCUGCGACGAGUACGAUAAGGAGAAGGGUGAUACCCCCGGAUCUAAGAGCUGGGGCUUCUUUACCUGGUUGCUUAUCAUUGCCUUCCUCGGCAUCGCUGCCUAUCUCAUCUUCGGCUCCUGGCUCAACUACAACCGUUACGGCGCCCGUGGCUGGGAUCUCCUCCCCCACGGCGACACCAUCCGCGAUAUCCCUUACCUCUUCCAGGACUGGCUCCGUCGUGUGGUCAAUACUCUGCAAGGAGCGGGCUCGCGCGGUGGCUACAGUGCGGUAUGA